GCUUCUGUUCUGUUGCAGCUCACCGUAAUGGAGGAGAAGCGGGAGUGCAGCCACUUUCCAAAAUCGAUAUCCUCAAGACCACCGUUGACCUUCACGAUUCCGCGUCUGUUAAGGCUAAUCCCGUUGUUCUUGGCUUGGAGGGAGAAGACACUCAGUGGGUGACUGUGGAAAUUGAAUGCCCUCACCCAUCUGGGAACGAUUGGGUUGGAGUUUUUUCUCCUGCAAACUUCAAGAGCCAUUAUGCUCUUGCAGUUCUUCAACCUGUUCACCAGGAGCCAGCGACCAGAAAGAACAGACUCCAUAUAUAUGCUCUGCACCAAUAAAGUACAUGUUUGCAAAUUUCUCCAACAAUGAUUAUACAAGGACAGGAAAGACUUCUUUGAGUUUCCAAUUGAUCAAUCAGCGAGCUGACUUCUCCUUUGCAUUAUUCUCUGGUGGAUUGUCAACUCCAAAACUUAUUGCUGUUUCAAAUUUUAUAUCUUUUUCAAAUCCGAAGGCUCCUGUUUAUCCACGUCUUGCUCAAGGGAAAUCUUGGAACGAAAUGACAGUAACAUGGACAAGUGGCUACAAUAUAAAUGAGGCUGUUCCUUUCGUUGAAUGGGGCCUGAAAGGAGAAUCUCAAGUACGCUCACCAGCUGGAACAUUAACAUUUCAACAAAACAGCAUGUGUGGUUCACCUGCACGAACUGUCGGAUGGCGUGAUCCUGGUUUCAUACACACAAGUUUCUUGAAAGAUUUAUGGCCAAACUCAGUGUACAAUUACAAGCUUGGUCAUCGGUUGUUCAACGGUUCAUAUGUUUGGAGCAAGAAUUAUUCUUUCAAGUCAUCUCCUUAUCCUGGCCAGGAUUCAUUACAGCGUGUAAUCAUAUUUGGUGACAUGGGAAAGGCUGAGCGUGACGGUUCAAAUGAGUUUAGCAACUAUCAGCCAGGCUCUCUUAAUACCACGGACCAGCUCAUCAAGGACUUGAACAAUUAUGACAUAGUCUUCCACAUUGGAGAUAUAACGUAUGCAAAUGGCUACAUCUCACAGUGGGAUCAAUUCACAUCACAGGUUGAACCCAUUGCAUCAACUGUGCCAUACAUGAUUGGAAGUGGUAAUCAUGAACGUGACUGGCCUGGAACGGGCUCCUUCUAUAACACUCCAGAUUCUGGUGGGGAAUGUGGUGUGUUGGCUGAGACCAUGUUUUAUGUUCCUGCUGAGAAUAGGGCAAAGUUCUGGUAUUCAAUGGACUAUGGUAUGUUUCACUUCUGUAUAGCUGACACUGAACAUGAUUGGAGGGAGGGUUCUGAACAGUACAAGUUCAUUGAUAGUUGCCUUGCAUCAGUGGAUAGGAAGAAGCAACCUUGGCUAAUUUUCGCUGCUCAUCGUGUGCUUGGCUAUUCGUCUGACUACUGGUAUGGGGUGGAAGGCUCAUUCGAUGAGCCCAUGGGAAGGGAGAGCCUUCAGAAGCUUUGGCAGAAGUACAAGGUUGAUAUUGCAUUUUAUGGUCAUGUCCAUAACUAUGAAAGGUCAUGCCCCAUUUACCAGAACCAAUGUGUGAACAACGAAAAAUCUCAUUACUCUGGAACUGUGAAUGGCACCAUUCAUGUGGUCGUUGGUGGGGGAGGCAGCCACCUAUCAACAUUCGGACAAGUGAAGACCCAGUGGAGUCUCUACCAAGACUAUGACUAUGGAUUUGUGAAGUUGACAGCAUUCAACCAUUCUUCACUACUCUUUGAGUACAAAAAAAGCAGUGAUGGAAAUGUCUAUGAUUCUUUCACCAUCUCGAGGGAUUACAGGGAUGUCUUGGCCUGUGUUCAUGAUGGUUGUGAACCAACCACCUUGGCCACCUGAAUUGACUCUUCAUGCAAUCUUUCACGUAAAUUGUAAUUCAGAAAAUGUUAUGAAGUCCAUUGAUUAUUCAAAUUGUAUAUCACUGAUA